AUGGCUCUCGUCAAUGUCGAAACCCCUCCUCCAUCGAAGGACGUUGCACAACCCCCCGAUGUAUGCGUGACGCCCUGCGACCCAUACCCACCUCCAUACUAUCUUGAUGGCGGAUUCCGUCGCGUGAAGCCAUAUCACUACACAUAUAAUACAAAUUGUAAAGAGCGAUGGCGCGGCCGGAAGUUGGAAGAUAUUUUUACUUCGGAAUUUCGAGACCGAACACCAGAAUACUAUAGAUGGGCCUUGGAUCAGGGACUUGUCGCCGUCAACGGUAAGCCCGGUGCCCGUGAUACGGUCCUCAAAAAUGGCCAGGUGAUUUCGCACACCUGCCACCGCCACGAACCACCCGUGUCUUCCCAACCUAUCGGAGUUAUCCAUGAAACCGACGAUCUCAUUGUCAUCGACAAACCCCCCGGUGUACCUGUCCACUCAGCCGGUCGAUACCACUUCAACUCGGUUGUGGAGAUCAUCCGCGCAGAACGUGGUCACAGCUUUCUUCCGCGGCCCUGCAAUCGUCUCGACCGUCUGACUUCGGGUAUCAUGUUCAUCGGUAAAGAUCCCAAAGGAGCCGAGAGAAUAUCUAAACAGCUGCAAGAGCGCUCUGUCCAGAAAGAGUACCUCGCGCGCGUUAAGGGAAAGUUCCCGGAUGGUGUGGUUAUCUGCGAUCAGCCCAUUAUGCAGGUUAGUCCCAAGCUAGGAUUGAACCGUGUGCGCGCCACCGGUAAGACCGCUACAACCAAGUUUCGCCGUCUGGCGUAUUAUCCUGCCUGGUCCGAUCUACCAGCUAGCACGGCAGGAUCGAACCAGCCCUCCGACGAUCCGGAACGCCCUGCCACGCCUCCCCAUGCGCUCGCAAAUGAGUCCGAUGGAUACAGUAUUGUUCACUGUUUCCCUCUGACGGGACGCACACAUCAGAUCCGCGUUCACCUUCAGUUCCUGGGUCAUCCAAUCUCCAACGAUCCUAUCUACUCAAACCGACGUGUCUUUGGACCCGAUCUAGCGAAGAACGAGUCGAACGGUGAUCGCGAUGAGGAAAUCAUGGACCGUCUACACAACAUGGGUAAGACCGAGCUUCCUGAUACUCUCUCAUACCGUCACCACUUCAUGGCGUCACCGGAUGUGCCGCCAGACACAGACCCGGCUAUUUUGGCGCAGCUGAUGGAGCGUGAGCAAAAGGCUGCGGCAGAGGACUAUAGCAAACGUAAGGGUGAGCGUCUUUCCGGUGCUGCUUGCGAAGUAUGUGACACGCCGUUGUAUACCGAUCCUGGUGUUCAUGAGCUCGGUAUCUUCCUUCAUGCUAUUGCUUACGCCGAUCGCGAUGGCGAGUGGUCCUACCGGAGUAAAAUGCCUUCGUGGGGACUGCCUCCGACUGGAUUUGAUGGGCCUCUCGAGGUCCCAGACUGGGCUGUUGGUGCGGAGGGAGAGGCGGAGACUGUCGUUGGACAUGGGACAGUUCCACCCGAGAUUGGUGUUGACGAUGAAGGAAAAACCAGGAGAGGGACUAGAGUCCCCACUGGCCCUGUCCUUCUUGAGGGCGUGGGGAUGUUAAACGUCUCUGAUUUAUCAAAGGCUCCUAACUCUACCAAUCCGUCUAGUUCGGAUGUGACCGAGUCGGUGUCUCCGGCAGCGCAGUGA